CUGCUGGGUUCUGUGAGGAUCCCAGAGAAACGUGUCCCGAUGGCGGCCAACAACACGCCUCAGGGCUGCGGCCCGGACGUGGACUCCCUCUAUUACAACCUGUGUGACCUCAGUGCCGUGUGGGGGAUCGUGCUGGAGGCCUUGGCGGCGGCCGGCGUCGUCUUCUCCUUCGUGCUCUUCAUCUCGCUGCUGGCCAGUCUGCCCUUCAUAAAGGACAAGGCCCGCAAGAGCUCGGUGGCUCUUCACGCCUGCUUCCUGGUCUGCACUGGCGGGCUCUUCUGCCUCACCUUCGCCUUCAUCGUGGGAAAGGACUUCUCCACGUGCGCCUCCCGGAGGUUCCUGUUCGGCGUGCUGUUCGGCGGCUGCUUCGCCUGCCUCCUGAUGCUGAGCGUGAGGCUGAACAUCCUUGCCAGGCGGGACAGUGGGCCCCGGGCUUGGGUUUUAUGUCUGGGGGCGAUGGGGCUGUGGCUGGUGGAGGUGGUCAUUAACACGGAGUGGCUGAUCAUCACAGUGGUGCGCCAUCCGCUGCUGCUGCUCAACGUCACAGCUGAAAGCAGCGGAGCCACAGCUACGCCCUGCAACAUCGCCAACCAGGACUUUGUCAUGGCGCUGAUCUACGUGAUGGCCUUAAUCCUGGCGGUGGUGGUGGCGAGUCUGGCCGUCAUGGCGGGCAAACACAACCGGUGGAAGAAGGAAGGUGCCUGCGUCCUCCUCACCAGCCUGUUCUCUGUGGGCAUCUGGGUGGCGUGGAUCGUUAUGUACGUCUACGGCAACAACAGGCACGGGGGGCCAACGUGGGACGACCCCACCUUGAGCAUUGCCUUGGUGGCAAACGCCUGGGUGUUCCUCAUCAUCUACACCAUCCCUGAAAUCUGCUGUGUGACCAGUGAUGACGAGAGUCAGCAGAGCCACGGAGACGAGAUGUUCCCCAACCAGGGAGCCGGCUACGAGACCAUCCUGAAGGAGCAGAGCGCUCAGAGCAUGUUCAUGGAGAACAAGGCGUUCUCCAUGGACGAGCCCAACCAAGGGAUCAAACCUGUGUCUCCGUACAGCGGCUACACCGGGCAGCUGCGUAGUUCCGUCUACCAGCCCACUGAGCUCGCUCUCAUCUCCAAAGCUAUAGGACAA